CUUAACUUUUUUUUUUUUUUUUCAUUGUAAUCUAUAUAAUAUUUUCAUAUAAAAAAUUAAUUCUUUUUUACAUUUUUGGUUAUGACACAACAAGAUGACUUUACAAGAAUCUUCUCCUGCUCUCAAUGCCCAAAAAUGUUUGCCACACGAUCCAAUUUAAAGCGACACAUGGAGAAUCCAAACAUUCACAACAUUCCUUAUGUCAGGAGUCGUGAUCAAAAAAGAUGGAAGGGUCAUGCAAAGAAGGUAGUCUCUAAAGAAGAAACAACUGAAAGAAUGCGAAAGUGGCGAGCUGAAAAUCGUGAAAAGAAUCGACAAAAUGAUUUACGAUGUCGUGUAUAUAGAUUGGCUAGACAAAAGUUUGGUGAUCAAGAUUCUUUGGAAAAACAAACAUUUAUCAGGGACGAAAUCAUCAGACGAUUAGGAAGACGAAUCAAUAUAAAAUCAAAAUCAUCAUCAUCGUCCACUACUUCUUCAACCUCUGCUUUUUCAUCCACAUCACCACCAUCAACUCAACAAGUAAAAAUGCAUCGUCAUCGUCAUCAUCCCUCUGCAUCAUCAUCGUCAUCAUCAUCAUUAAAUGAAGAUGAUGAAAAUGAUACUAAUGAACGUGAUGAUGUAGAAAAUCGUGUAUGGAAAUCAGAAUUACCUUUUUACAACAUGCCUCAUCAAAAGAUUGAAUUACCGUCGAUUGAUUCUUUAUGCCCUUCUUUGAUAUCAAGUACAAGUUUAAGAAGACGAACAAGUAGCAGUAGUGAAAGUAGUAUUAGUACCACAACUACUGAUGAUUCCUCUCCAUCAUCAUCUUCUACCUCCUCUUCAGUUCUUGUUUUACCUCCUGUCCAUACAUUCUUGUACCCUUCUUCUUCUUAUCAACAACCACUAGGAAAUGCUACCAAUAUCAAAUAUGUUAAGAAUACAAAGAUAUUGGAUGAAUUUGUUGGUGUCGUAUUAGAUUAUGCUCAAGAUGAUGAUGAUCAUCACCAUCAUCAUCAUCAUCAUCAUUAA